AUGGCAAGCAUACCCGACAACCACUAAGUUCAUGCGAUGUCGUGGCUUGUACUAUCCCGGUUCUCUCUUCCCCUCCUCCGUAUGUGUUUCUGGCUGACGUGCUGACAGGAAGCAUCCAAGCCCACUUCCGCUGCAUCGUUCUGCUUGGUCUUGAGAACUGGGUCGUAGAAAAUCCUCGUGUUUUUAUCAAGGGAUUAGGCUUGUGCUGCACACAGGGUGACUGGGCCCUCAUGGACACGCUAUUGCAUUCGCGCGCUUCCUGCUUAAUCGUUGCGCCCACUGUUGCUGGAGGAAAACUUAGAGAGGGUGGCAGGAUUGCAACUGCUGUAUGUGUUCCUCGGCAAUUGUCCAAUUCCUUCAAGCUCCGUUGCUCUAUUGAAGAAAGCAAUGUAUCGUCGUCUCCUUCGGCUGUGGAUCUCGCGCCGCCCACCAUCGACCUCGAAAUUGUUGGGCCGGAGGCAGGCGGUGAGGUAACUACAACUUCAGUUGGGAGUGGUGAGAAAUUGCUGAGGAACAUCAUACUCGAAAACAAGUUGGAGCUCUAUGGCCUUUAUGGCAAAGUGAUGAACUGCGGGGGUGGUGGCAGCUGUGGUACUUGUGUUGUAGAGAUUUUGGAGGGGAAAGAGCUGUUGAACGAGCGCACUGAUACAGAGUACAAAUACCUGAAGAAGAAACCCGAGAGCUGGAGAUUGUCUUGCCAAACAAUUGUAGGUGACAAGUCUAAUAGUGGAAAGGUUGUCGUGCAAAGACUUCCCCAGAAGAAGAAGUGAAUUUCUAGAGGAGGUGAUGACGUCAAGAGGUGAUGCCGGUUCAUCCUUGUGUAGCAUUAUAGGUCUUUAAUAGCAAUUUCUUUUAUUGCGUAAUUCCAUCCAGCAGGUCACAUCUGCUUCAUGCCAGGAAACUUGUACUCGGGCAACCCGAAAAUGUGUGGAAAUGAGGACACUCACUGUUUCACGGUGCACAUAUAUGCAAUUGAUCUUCAAGAAGGUGCAUAUAUGUGUCAUCGAGCCUUAUUGGUUGAUCUUAAACAGUUGAUUAUAUGCAGCAGAAUGCCUUUUGUAUGUUCUGAACCCUUCCUUUCUGUCAUUUUCCCAUGCUCAGAACUUGCAAACAGGCUGUUGGUCAGAACCAAUUGUGAUUCGUGUGUUUCAUUCACAACUGAUCCUGUUGGCUAUUCAUAAUAAAUUUCAUUCACGUUCAA